CUGAGGCAGGGCAGCAGCAGCAGCAGCAGCAGCAGCAGCCGGCUGAGUCAACCUUCACUUCUGCUUCACUUCCAGCCGUCCUGCUCUGUGCAGCCGGCUCCAGCUGACAAUCUGCGGACAGUACUGUCUCUAACCGAGUCAUGGACAUCGGUGGACGACAGCUCACGGUGUAGCCAGGAGGAUUCGUAAACCGCCAGAGAAUCAUGGAGCCAGAUGUGAUUCGCAUAUACUCCUCGUCCCCGCCGCCGCUGGAGGAUGGCGCAGAGGAAGAGGAAGACGAGUUUGGAGACUUCGGCACCUUCUCUGGCGUCCCGGGCAGCAUCAGCUUCACAGAGUUCGACACCCCGACUACUUUUAACCAGACCCAAGCUUUGACCGCCACCUCGCCGCCCGAGCUCCUCAACAGCAGAGGGCUGAUGGGAUUCAGCCGCUCCUCUAAUGGCACCCACAACCCCACUAACCAGCUGUCCAAGGCUAAUGGCGUCGUGCCGCCGAGCCACCCGGGCAGCGGUCCCUCAGAAAGAACUGAGAUGAAAAAAGUCGUCUCCAGCUCCCUGGGUUUCCCGCCGAGCGACACGGCUGGCGGCGAGCUCGCUGACUGUAAUGGCGGCGGCACAGAGGUGCUCACAAACGGGUUCACGACCUUUGAUGUUCAGGGAAGCCCCUCCUCACUGAAUUCUGUCCACUCUCAUAUAAAAGGAACGUCCAGCGAGGACGCAGGCAGCGUCCCCGUCUGCAGCCCAGAGGACGAUUUUGCAGAUUUUGCUGCUUUUUCCAAUGCUGAAGGACACGUCUGCCCGACGGCGGCCCAGGCCCAGGACCAGGCCCAGGACCAGGACCAGGACCAGGACCAGGACCAGGACCAGGACCAGGACAGUCCCACAGGGCGGAGCCAUGACGAGCGCUGUACUUUAGAGCAGGGAACGACUUCAGAGGACAAUGUCAGGGACACAAACAGAACUGGACCCAACACGUCCGGCUCUGACUCUAUAUCUGUCCCCGCCGAGACUCUGGACCGGGACUCUCUACAAAGGGACGUAGCCUUUGCACAGGAGCGCUCUGCCUCUGAGGACGCUUGCACUAAUGAACCCCUCCCUCUGACCCGGGUGGACGUAGCUGACGGGGACGAAUCCAAAGACGCCGCAGGCUGCAGCGAACACGACCUCUCGCCUGACGCAGCUGCAGACAGCGAGGCGGGACAGUCGGACGAGACGGAGACGGAGACGUCUUUUGGCCGGCCGCUGUCCACAGACGCUCUAGAGGAGUACGGUGACAUGAGCACCACGGGCUCUGCGCCCUCUCCGCCCCUCCAGGGGGACACCGCCACACCCGCCGACCACAGCCAGCUGGCAGAGGACGAUGAGGACGAGGACUUUGGGGACUUUGGAGACGCCGGCUCGUUCGGCGCUCAGGGCUUUGCUGAUUUCGAGCAGCAGGAGCCGAACAGGUCGCACGGCUCUGCUGCUGCACAGGAAGCUGCGCGCACCGAGGACGACGACUUCGGAGACUUCAACUCCCCCAAGUUUCACAGCUGUGAGAGGGAGGGGGGCGAUGGGGGACAGUUCGCCGACUUCCCCGUCAGUGACAGUUUCGGGAACUUCAGCUCGGCUGUGGAGGCCGCAGACGGGGAGGCGGAUGCAGGAUGGAGCGCCUUCGGGGAGCAGCAGCAGCAGGUGGAGGGGGAGUCCUGGGCGGCGUUCAGCACGGAGCAGAGCGUCGCUCCUCCUGCAGAGAGCAGAGCGGGAGAGGGGGGAGAGGGGGAGGAGCAGGAGGAGGAGGAGUGGCAUGAAACUGAAGCUCCUGCAGUCAGCGAGGAAACCAGCAGGACGGACAGACAGUCGGCGUCGCUGUCCGGCCGUCUGGAGAAGGUGUUUCACAGCAGCUUCCCUCAGGCCGCCGCCCCCCCUGUGGAGGACCAGGUGGUGUCCCUGAAGAUCCUGCUGGACCCCCCAGGAGGGGAGGAGGGGAAGAGGUCACCAUGCAGCAGGUCUGUGCGUGGCGGUGUGUGGACGCAGCUUCAGGACAUCCACGAGGCGUUCGGCCUCAGGUACCAGUGGGGGGGUUCCCACUGCAACAAAGCUCUGCUCUGCUGCCUCGGCAUCGACACCAGAAACAUCCUGUUCACGGGACAGAAGAAGCAGCCGGUCAUUGUGCCUAUGUACGCCGCCAGCCUGGGGAUGCUGGAACCAACCAAAGAGCCUGUGAAGCCGGUCUCUGCAGCAGAGAUGAUUGCUUCCAUCGCCCAGGCGCCUCCGCUGGCUCCAGAGAAAAGCUCGUGUCCCUCAGACACCGUCCAGGAGGCGCUCCCACCUGUCCAGUUCGACUGGAGCAGCAGCGGCCUUACCAACCCCCUGGACGCGAGCGGAGGCUCGUCUCUCUUAAACCUGGAUUUCUUUGGUCCUGUGGAGGAUUCAGGCUCCACCAGCUCCCCAUCCAUCCCAGGUGUGGACCCUGAGCUGUACGAGCUGACGACGGCCAAGCUGGACCCGGGCGGCUCUGGCAGCCGGGUGGCCGACGCCUUCGCCCGCCUCAUGUCCACCAUGGAAAAGACCAGCACCUCCACAAGGAAGCCGAGGAAGGACGAGAACCUGAGUGAGGAAGCGGCCAAAGUGAUCGCUGGUCUGCCCGACCUCUCCUUCAUGCAGGCCAAGGUGCUGAUGUUUCCCGCCACACUGACGCCGCUCAGCUCCCAGGCCGUGUCGGACUGAAGCCCUGCUCCCCACUGACCACGCCCUCUGACAGCCCACCAUGCUCGUCUGGCCACGCCCACUGGCUCGGUCCAUUUUAUCAAGUUAUAUUUUUUUUGUUUGUUUGUUUUUUUGUUUGUUUGUUUUUUUCUCAUGCUGCAGCUUGGCUCCUCCCCCUUUUCAUACAUGUUUUUUAACUUUUGUUUUUCAAAAUAAAGCGAAGCAUUUAUCAUCAGGGGAACAGCUGAGCGCUCGGCCGACGACCUGCACAUGUAACAGAGUAGAGAUCAGAUCAUUAAUUUGUAGAGCUGAUAAUUUGUAGAGGAAGGUUUAGAAGUUUGUGCUGUUCAUAUGUAGAAGAAGAAGAAGCAGAAGAAGAAGCGUGGCGUGUACAUAAUCAGGGAUUCAACGUUUCUGUUCCCGUUAGUUUUUUAGAUUCCGAUGAUUUGUGUGUGUGGUGGGAGUGUGUUCAUGUCUGUGAAGGAAACACUGGCUGAAGCUCUUUGAAUCAAACUGAAGUGGAAAAUAUAUAUGACCAGUAUAAAUGAAUACAUUUAUAUACAUAUAUAAAAUCUAUAUAUAUAUAUAUAUAUUUAUGGACUUGAAACCACACUGCCUGCAAAAUCCAGCUGAAUGUUUCGUCCCUCGUUGUUUCAGUUUUUACCUCCAGUCAAAGAUUUUAACCUGAUUUUCUUUAGUGUCAAAGAUGUUUCUGUCAUUUAAUGAAGCUUUUUUAACAGGAAGCC